UAGCCUCUAUUUCAAGCAAGCAAUAUCGAAAAUGGCGGCCGAAGAGGAGCUGCCACCUGAUUUGCGCGAAGAAAUGCUGAAGUUGGAAAGCUCAUUGGGAAAUUUUGGUGAUUUAUUAAAACGACUUACGAAACAACCUUUGCUCGAUACGAAAAAUAAGCUCAGUUCCAUUGAAAACGCAAAGCUGGACCUUACAACAACAUAUGCUAUAAAUUCAUUGUUUUGGAUUUAUCUUGUCACACAAGGCAUCAAUGCAACAGAUCAUCAAGUAAAAGAUGAACUGAAUCGAGUAAAGGCCUAUAUGUCCAAAAUAAAAAGCACUGAGGAAAAGGAAAAGCAAGUUGCAAAGCUUAGGAUUGACAAAGAAGCAGCAAAACGAUUUGUGAAAAGUGCCUUGUGGACUGAGCAAGAAAAACCAGAAGCAGAAAGCAAAAGUAAUUCACCACCAGCUGAUGUAGAGGAGAAAAAAGAUAGUUCAAAAAGGAAAAAAGAGGGAGAACCGAAAAAGAAGAAGAAAAAGAAGAAGCUAAAGCAAGAUUAAAACGAGCCAUUUGGAAAGAUUGGUUUUAACUUCUAUGGUUCUUUCUCGCUAUUCAUGGAAACCACCUUUUAUCGAAUGGCCUAGUACCAUCAUUGUCAUGGUCGUCUUGACAGCGAACUACGUGGAUUUCCGUAAACUUGUAUUCAAGUCAGUUGUUUCCAGCCUUGGAUUGCUCGUAUUUCAAUGUUAUCUUGCAUUGUAAGUUUUAUAAGUGGAGCAAUAUUAUAUAUCUUUGCCUUUGA